ACUUCCACAGUAAGAGUAAGCACAUCAGGUGAGAGGGUUUGGUCUCCACCGGCUGCACGGGAUAACACUCAACAAUGGUUGUCAAGUCAGAAGCUGAUAUAUUACACAAUUCUAUGACAGAGGAUGAUCCCAACAGCAACAUUCAGUUUAGUGAGGGAGAAGGUAAACCAAGAUGGGGACCACAACAUGCAGGAGCUAAAGAACUGGCUAGCCAAUAUACGUUUGGGAAAAGAAUUCAAGAAAUUGUGUGCCUUGUUAUCAGCCUUGGAUUGAUGGUAUUUAACCUAGGGCAGUUAUGCUGGCAUUUUGACCCAUCCAACCUUCACUACAUCAUUAUUUGUGCAGGUCUGGGCAUCAUCACAGCUGACUUUUGCAGUGGUGUGGUUCACUGGGCUGCUGAUACUUGGGGUAGUGUGGAGCUUCCCAUAGUAGGAAAGGCCUUUAUUCGUCCUUUCCGAGAACAUCAUAUAGACCCUACUGCCAUCACACGGCAUGACUUUGUGGAGACUAAUGGAGACAAUUUUGCUGUCACUAUACCCUUCCUGGCAAACAUGGCAUACCACUUUGUCACCCUGACACCACAACAGAUUCAAGCUGAAUACAACUGGCAGUGCUUUGUCUUCCUUCUGGCUAUCUUUGUCAGUGUAACGAAUCAGUGCCACAAGUGGUCACACACCUACUUUGGACUGCCUUGGUAUAUUACAUUACUGCAGGACUGUCAUGUCAUUUUGCCUCGCAAACACCACCGUAUCCACCAUGUAGCCCCUCAUGAGACCUAUUAUUGCAUCACAACUGGUUGGUUAAACUACCCUUUAGAGUGCAUUGGCUUCUGGUCUCGUCUAGAGGCUGUGAUUGAGGCAGUCACUGGCAGCAAGCCUCGCUCUGAUGACCUCAAAUGGGCCACUAAGACCCACUGAUGUGUGCUCCUUUGUUUGGGAUGUUGGCAGUUUGUGAGACUUUCGAAAAAUUCAUUGUUUGCUUUUUAGAAUGAAUGUUUUUUCAUUUGUUUCUGGCUGAUUUUUAUUUUAUCUGUGGAGCAAAUUUUUAAAAUGAGAUAAAGAUUUAUUUUGUCAACCUACUCAGGUUAUAUAAGCUGACUUACAGAUGUGUUACAUAGGCCUAUAGUGGCGGCAGAAAUGUAUUGUACCAAGAGACAUAAACUAGGGAAGGAUGGGAGAGUAUUUUUCAAUCCAUCACAUACCCUGAAAAGCUUUGACCUCCAGACUUUGAUAGGUCAUGUAUAUAUUCAUGCAUAAGCAGUGAGUACUAUAUGUAGCAGGGCUUCUGCUAAGGCUAAAUUCUUUGGGGUCCCAGGGACCCUUUCUUCGGAUUUCUAUGGGGUCCCAGGCUAACUCUAAGGGGUCCCUUUACAAUGUGAAAAAAUAUCAACAAAAUCAACAAAUCGACAGUCGACUCAUAUCUUGUUAGUACGUAUCUUUGAAAAUUGGUACAGCCAGUGACGGAAGCAUUUUUCUGCCGAGUUUUUAGACACACGGAACACUUCAUGACGUGACGACUCAUCAAACUGUAGCCAUGAAAACUCUUUCUCCCACACAGUUUUGUAGGCUCUCACUUUUUUCUUUUUGGGUGGGUUGUCAUCACAGGUACUAAAUGGAACAGGGCAUGAUGAUGUGGGUUCAUGAUCUUCAUUAUCUUGCUGUUUGUCUUCACCCUCACUUUCUUUCCGUUUCUGAGACGAUGAUUUUAACCAUAAUGUCAACGACAUCUUGGAAAUAGGUUUUGGAACUCUUUCUGGUAAGGGAAAAAAUUCAGUGUUAAGGAAGUUACUCUCACCUUGUAGCAGACAACAAUAAUAGAUUGGACUACGAUGUCAGACACGACACUUACCUAAUUUUGUAUCGGUUCUUCGCCCAAAUUUGAAGGGGUCCCCUGGGACCCCAUUGACGAAAAUUGAAGGGGUCCUCUGAACUUUUAAUGUGUACUGUACACAAUUUUUUGCAUUAGCAGAAGCUCUGUGUAGUCUUGUGUACAAGAAUGUACACUCACUUCAAUUUAUUUAUAUGUAUAUAAAAGUGUGUGUGUGUAGGCUUGGGAAUCCAUAUUAAUAACAUAGAUAUAUCCCUCUACUUUUUGGCUACCCUGGUCGAAUUCCUUCAUUUUAACAAUACUUCAUCCUUCCUUUUUUAGAUAAUCUAAAAGCAUAAUUCACCAGGAUGAUGGGGUAAAACCACUCCAAAGAAGAAGCAACUAUUAUAUGAAAUAAUUAAAAUGAAAUAAUUGUAUUUUAUAUGCAGCAUUAAGGGCUAAAAUGCAUGAUCUAAAAAUGGACAAGGGUAUCAAUAAAAGAUUUGUACUAUGCAUGAUGUGUUUAUAAUAUAACCUUGAACAUGAGUGCCCAUGAAGCUUUAUAUGCUUGGCUUCUUUGGAUUAAAACAGGAACAUUUAGUGGACUUUUUCAAACAUCUAGAGCUGACCAUUAGUUUCAGUUAUGACAUUCUAUUAUGUAACCAACAUCGACUCUUUAAGGGACUUUUAAUUAAAACCUUUUAUCAGAAUUUUUUUUUUAUCAUAAAGAAAACCCUCAUUACUUGUACAGUUUGCUGUACAUCAUGUUUAUCUUUUUUUAAAUGCAAAAAUUCAAAAGCAUAUACUGUUGGUUUCUGUAAAUAACCUUGCAUACUGAAGCCAAACUUUUUAUUUGGUCAUCAGAAAACUGUUCGCUUUACACAAUUAGUUUAUUUCAUUUCUGCACAUAGGUUAAAAAAAAUGGUUUGAUAAUAAUCAUCUAAUUUUUUUAGUUACCUUUUGAUACUUGUUGAGACAUGCUGUCAGUUUUAUAAUUAAGUAUUUCAGACCUUUGAGAACCGAGUCACAUAGAAUUAUGUCAGAAAAAUAGUAGACGAUGUUUUGGAAUUCAACCAGCAAUACUUAAAGAAUAAAAUCAUCCAUCUUUUUAUGGUUCCUUAAUUCUUCUUUAGCAAAACUUUGGAGGUAAAUGCAGUAUUGUUGAAGUGUGAUAUUCUUGGAUAUGUAUAUAAGCGAUUAUUUUGUAUAAAACAUUAAUGCCAAACAUAAGUGAGCGUUUUAAAAUAACAAUGGAACGUGAUUUCAAAUAUUUACGUUCAACAACUCUAAAUUCCUAAUAAUGAUUAAUAAUAUGGCAUGUUAAGAGAUAUGUCUUCAGAACAGAUCUAUACAUUUUAUCAUGUUAAUAGUCACCCAUAAAAAAACAUUUUUUAGCUACUUGCUUUAAAUUUCAGUACAUUUUCUUUUCUAAACUGAGAUAAAAUGCAGUCCAGAACAUUGGUACCAGAUUAUGUUAGAACUGAUAACCUAAAAUUAUCUAUAUAAUUUAAAUAUGCUGCAAGUGUGAAGUCAGUAAAAAUGGCAUUUUUUUGUUUUUUUUUGUUUUUGUUUUUGUUUCUUAGUGGAAUUCCUGUACUUCUGUCCUUUUAAACCUAUGAAACGAAACUGUGAUUGUUAUUUUAUUCUUUUACAUUGUACAGCUGAAGGGGAAAAGAAUUGGGAGGUAAAUAAUUAAUAAAACUGAAUAAAGCUGCUUUGAGCAGUUCAUUGUCCAUUGUUUUAUAUCCUGUGCCUUUUUGCUUAGUGCAUCACUGCUGUUUUUAAAUGGGCACAUUUCUCACAGACUGGAUACGACCACCACAGUUUCAUAAAGACCUAUAUAUAUUAUGUCAUGGCACUGAUUUACACAGAACUGUUUCGCACUUGCUCGCUGUCUACCAGGCCUUUUUACAGUUUUCAGCAGGUGUAAGGAGCAGUGAAGAUCACCGAAUAGCCAUGCUUUUUUUUUUUUUGCUUCAGAUUGGUGUAUUAAAAAUGUUUAUUCUUGUUCUCAGGUAGCAGGUAUGAUUACUGCAGUGCCAAGUCUAGACUUAACCUCCCCUUACAUUCCUGGUCAGACAGAGUAUCACACUCCUUUCUCUUUUCAUCAAAAUUCAUUACAUUGUUUUGAUUGUAAGUGAUUGAAUAAAGAAUCAGGAAAAAUGUUGUAGCCAGUAAAAAAAAAAGUCCAAGGGAAAAUAAAUUUAGGAGGAGUAAGUGUAAGGCUACAUUGUGCAUGUAUAAAGACUUCUGUCUCAAAAGUAAACCCAAGAGAGGUAAUAGAAAAGGAGUGACUGCAGUGGAAAUGGUUGCAGGAAAUCGGUGAAGCAAACUGAUUUUUAUGGUCCGUCUUGGUUAAAAUAAUAGGUUUAAGUUGGUGUACAUUUUCUAUUCAGUACUGAGAGCUUAUAAGUGAAAGUGUGAAGUGUGACUCCUAGAAUUUUUUCUUUAUUUGCACAUUUCACCAGCGUGAAGGAGCACUCUUGAUGGUUACAUUUUAAGCUAUGCUACCUUAUCCAUUACCAGAGCUGUCCAGUAAGAGUGCUUUACAAAGAAAGCCUUAAGAAUUGUGUCCUGAUAUUACACAUCACAAUUGCAUAUUUUCCCCAAAACUUCUGUAUGCUUGCUAGUAAUAACUUGGAAUUCUGAGAACCCUGCUUCUAAUGACCACAGUAAGGAAUCAGAAAUGACAUUGAACUCAGCUUCAUCCACUAUGGCUGCUUUAUUUAUAUAGCAAGGAUGAGAUAUUAGAAUAAUACAGAUGCUCUAUUCCUCUGUUGCCGGCACCAUGUCCAAUGUAAAUUGAUGGCUUUCUUCAGCAAACAGGACAAUCAAAGGUGAAACUGGGAAAACGUGAAGAAAAAGUAGAGUACUACAAUCAGCAUCAUUAACUUCUAUUAAGCUGUUGCAUUUUGGUGCAAAUUUUGAAAUGUUUGAAAGAAGUAUUCUUUAUAUAAAUGAUGUCACAAAUGUUGACAAAGGUGCAUCAAAAAAUCAAGCCCCAGGAAAGGAGGGUGGAGGCUAGAACAGUAGGUAUAGCAGCAAGUGUGGCUAAGCGAUGACCCCUGUGGGAGAAUACAGUGCUUAUUUCUGGCAUCCAUAGAACAAAUGCAUUCCAUUCACCAGAGCACAUUACAUGAGUGUAACCAGCAUCAUAGAAAUGUAUAUUCAUGGGCAUACAGACAUCUGCACAUGCAUUUGAACUAAUUUUUGACUUGUCACUUGUGUUUUUGAUGAAGCCUGUAAAGUACCUAGAGACUGUUUUCUGUGCUUGCCAUUUCUAAAGAACAAAUAUGUUGCUCUUAUGUUUUGUCUUUUAUUGUCAUUAUUUUUUAAUAUCUUUGUAAUAUAAACUAAAGUUAUAGGUCCAGUUAUUCUUAAUAAGGAUGUUUCAGUAAUGCAAAACAAUUCUUUUAAAAAGUAAACUGAUGGAUUUUAAAUUGAAAAUAGCUUCUUUUUUUUUUUUGCAUAUUUGAAUUAAAUGUUGAAGAGUUACUCAAAAAUAUAUGAUCAAAAACUAUGCCCACUAUAGGGAUGAGCGAAAAAAAUGUAACGAAUUAAACAAUAUUUUGUUGUAAAUCAACAAAGAAGCAUUUCUCGUCUUUUUCUCAUGGUAUUACAAAGCAGAGAAAAUGUUUUUAAGUACUAAAUGAAUAAAAUGAUGAAUAUUUGAUGCAGAAUUUCAGCUGAGCUUGGCAAGAGUGGACUAUAGUCAGUGACCUAAACUUUUUCAAGCCACAUUUUAGUGUUCUUUGAAUGUUAAGUUAUAUAGCUGCUACAUAGUGCCAUAUUUUCAGUUGGUAAAAGGGUGCAAUUUUCUUCAGUCGUGAGUUGUAUUGAGAUUUUAAAUGUCACUCUUCCAACACUUGAAUGAAAUAAAAUAUGCUUGGCAUUUGCAUAUCUAGUAAUCAAAAUAAUAAACAUCCGUCAUCACAGAUCUGCUUUUCACACUACAGGAUAUUUAUAAUAGGCAUUUAUAAAAUAAUACAUCAGCUGUAAGAAUGUCUGCUGUGUAAUAAAUUUUUGGAAGAAAAGCAUUUUCGCUGAUAAAUAUGUUAAAUAAAAUCUUAAGGACCAUUGCUGUGAUUUCACUUUUUUUACUUUGUGCCAGUUUCUUCACCUAAGGAUGGAGUUCAAUAAAUAUCAAAGCCAUAUUGCCAUAAAAAAAUAGGGGGAAUGCCAAAGAAUAUUUAUUUUUCUUUCCAACAUUUUAUGGUAGCAUUUUCAUGCUUUUGAUUUUUAACUCUUUUUUUACAGCUUACUUGAAUAUGUACAACUGAAAAAAACACAUCUUGCAGAUGGACAGAAACUGAAUACUUAAGCAUUGACAGCCCUUCCACCUAACCACUUAAAAUUGUCACACAAAUAAAUCAGUCUGGGUGCUAAAUAAUUGUUUAGGAAUUUAUUUAAACAGUUAAUAUAUUUUAAAAUUUUCUAAGAUGUAAAAUGUCAGAUUUUAAUAGACAUGUGAGGAAUGCCAGCUUUUCUAUAAAAUCUUUAUUUUCUUAAAAAGUUCCUGACUUUGUUGUGAGACCUUCAUUGUUGUAUUUGGAACUGCUUGUCAUAAUUGCCUCAGAAGUCGAUAAGCAUUCUGUACUGAGCUGUUUUGUGACUUGAGGUGGUACUUGUUAAGAUGUUAAGAUGCUUUCAAUAUUUUGUAUGUUACCUACAAUAUUAUGAACCUCAUCAUACAUCCGUAUGUACAGAAUGGAAAUGAAAGAAAUUUUUUUUGUGAAUUUGUAGAUUCUGGCACAGUUUAAAUGGCUUGCUGAUUGGUGUAAUGGAGGAGGGGAGCAUUGGGGGUGUGGGUAGGAAAAAAAAUCAACUUUUAUGCUUGCUGCAAAAAGGAACAAAAGGGCAAAACUGAAAGACAGGCACAAGUGAAAUCCACUAUUGUGGAUCACAUUUCUGAUCACAUAAGAUAAUGUCUAGAAGAGAAAUGCUUUAUUUUUGUAUGAAAUCCUAUCUUGAUUGUCAAUAUUCCGAAGAUGAGAUCAGUGCCAAUGGAUGCCAACAGUGUAAACAGAAAAAAAAUGAAUUUAUUGUCAUUGUUAUAGUUUAUUACAAUAUGAACGUGUUUCGUAUUAGAUUUGUGUGCACGUCUGUUCAUAGAGUGGCAAUUUUGACUGAUAAUAAUUAUGUAAUACAUCAAUAUUGUGAUGUAUAUUUUUCUGCAUGACUUGGGGUGCUUGGAACUGUAUUUAAUGGACUGGUUCCUGAAUAGUCAGCAGUUUCAAUUAACCUGAAAGAACAUUUUUUUUAUUUGAAAGUAGACAGAAUAAAAAUUAAUUUUGCUUCAUUUUGAAUAUAAAAGUGUGUUAAAUUUUUUCUUUCAUUUUUCAGUUGAAUGCUAAAUACAAGCUGCAGAAAAUAAGUGAUGGGAGCAUCCAAACAGAAAUGGAUUUUUAAGAUUAAGAUAUAGCUAUAUUACCUGGUAAAUGGUCAUCUGAAUUGUUGCUUGAAGAGUUGCCUUUUAGAUUGACAUGUUUGGUUUGCUUGCUGGUUGAUGUUUGAUAUCUUGUGUUCCCUGUCCAAUAUAAUGUGUGGCCUUUGCUCUGACCAAACUAGGUCGAACGUGUUUUUGUAACAGACUUGCAUAAUUUGCAGUGUAUGUAGAUGUCAUGUUAAAUAAAAUACUUGGUAUUUCAA